GAGGAGGCUAACAUAGUCUCCCAUGGAAAAGCUCUCCAUAGUGUUGGAGGAGCCACUGAGACAAUUCUCUUCUGUGUCCUCACCAGCCACCUGGGAUAAUGGUGGGACACGUGUGUGCAAAAGCAUAGUUAAUACUGCACAGAUGCUGACUUCUCAAAACUACUGUAUUCUCUUGAAACUAUUUUCAACAAAUAAUAGCAUGUGGAUGUAUUUUAAUUAUUUUACAGGUGCAGUGGUCCAGUUGCAAUAUUUUCUCAACUCAAGAUCAUGCUGCUGCAGCUAUUGCCAAAACAGGGAUUCCUGUGUUUGCAUGGAAGGGGGAAACAGAUGAGGAAUACAUAUGGUGUAUUGAGCAGACCUUGUAUUUCAAGGAUGGUCAGCCUCUGAACAUGAUUCUCGAUGAUGGUGGAGACCUCACCAGCUUGGUCCAUACCAAAUAUCCACAGCUCUUGAAAGGAAUCAAAGGAAUAUCUGAAGAAACAACCACUGGAGUCCAUAACCUCUAUAAAAUGCAUGCCAAUGGAACCCUGAAGUUGCCAGCUAUUAAUGUUAAUGACUCUGUCACCAAGAGUAAAUUUGACAAUCUCUAUGGGUGCCGAGAAUCCCUCAUCGAUGGAAUUAAACGUGCCACGGAUGUCAUGAUUGCAGGCAAAGUGGCUGUUGUGGCAGGCUAUGGUGAUGUUGGCAAAGGCUGCGCUCAAGCCUUGAGAAACUUUGGAGCCCGGGUCAUAAUCACAGAAAUUGAUCCAAUCAAUGCCCUGCAAGCAGCCAUGGAAGGUUAUGAAGUUACAACAAUGGAAGAAGCCUGUAAAGAAGGCAACAUAUUUGUUACCACCACUGGAUGCUCUGAUAUUGUGCAGGGCAGGCAUUUUGAGCAGAUGAAAGAUGAUUCCAUUGUGUGUAACAUUGGGCACUUUGAUGUGGAAAUUGACGUGAAAUGGCUGAAUGACAAUGCUGUGGAGACUGUGAACAUUAAACCUCAGGUAAGUAAGCUAUAUUGGGAUCUUGUUAUCUACCAUCAAGGGAUUUAUUUUUGUGAGGACAGAAGACGAACAGUUGGUAAAAAAAGAACUACAUUCCUUUGACAGCAUGUCUCUGCCAACUGGAGAAUUGAUGCCAUUGCCACUUCUUUGGUUUGCAUCUGUCACCAGGUCAUUGUCAGAACUCCAAAGCCAAUUACUAAUCAAUAUUCACAUUCACUGUAGUUGCUGCUCAUAUUAUUGUGUAAUUUGCUUUAACUGUAGUUCUGUCUGCUUUACUUGGGGGGAGGGUGCUAGCUAGCUGGUGCUUGGGAAUGAUUGCGGGCUAGGAUUGGAAUGUACUGUUUAAUUAGCUGGAGACAUCUGUGAAGCUUGUCCAAGGUCAGGUUGGCUUCUCAGGCUUAGCUGGCCUGGGAAGCAAGGGGGAGGAAUUGGGCAGGAAAAAAGGGUGGGUGUUGUGUGCUUUUAACUUAGGGUUUGAGGCUUGGCUGUUAGAUUUCACAAAAAAGUCUGUCUAGUCACAUCUGUCUGUAUUUCAAUAAACUU